GAUUUUGCUAGUAAACAGUUUCAUUGACGUCUGCUUGCCCCAUGCGUUCACGGUUUAACUUGCGUACUGCGUCUUAUUCUUCAUAAAUAUAUCACGUUGGUGUUGAGAUCGUUAGCAAAACAAUGGAACCCCCACGACAACCGAGAGAUAUGCAAGGACUUUUAAGAUUUGCCAUCGAAGGCACCGCAGCUGAAGAUCGUACCACAACCACAUCGAUGAGUGAAGAAAGGAGACGCUGGUUAGAAGAAGCUCUAAGAGGAUUGUCAGUCGACGUUGUAGCCGAAAUAUCAAAAUCGUUAAAUAUCCUCAAUCCAGAUCGAGUCGAAAGUCCUGAAGAAGAUCCCCAGGAGAUGGAGGAAGCAUUGGAAAUGAUUACUGACUUUGCCGAUUCCAUGGACACAGCUAAUGACUUUCACAAGAUAGGAGGAUUUUUCAUCCUCAUUCCCUGCUUGAAUUCUCCCCACGAUGGAGUUCGUUGGAGGUGCUGUCAGUUGAUCGGCACCCUCACCCAGAACAACCCAUACUGCCAACAGCAUGUGCUCAACGAAGACCUAUUGCCAAUUCUGCUUAAGAUGCUGGAAAACGAUGACUGUGAAGAGGCGAGAAUCAAAGCCUUGUACGCCAUUUCAUGUUUGACAAGAGAAUGUGCAGAAGCCCAGGAUGCAUUUGUGCAUUGUGAUGGUUUCUCGUCUUUACUGAGAGCACUGCAAUCAUCACUUGGGAAACUGAAAAUCAAGGCUUCAUUCUUGUUGACUUGUUUAUGCAAUGAGAAUCCAUCCUUCAAAGAUACUUUAUGCAAUAUGGGAUUUGUGGAGCAGUUUGUGGCUCUGCUUCAACGAGAUCACGACUCGACUCACGAACAUCUACUGGCCGCCUUGCUGGCACUUACUCAGAGCCAUCCCCCAUCGAUCGAGGAGUGCCGUAGAUCCGAAUUUCUCUUUCGUGAAUUUCUCGACAACCGCAUCGAAUUAAUCGGAGAUCGCGACGAAUGUCUGGAGGAAGCCGAGUAUUGCCGUACUUUGUUGUCGGUGAUUUUCAAGGAAGACAUUGUCGAAGACAGGUGAAGUUAUUGGCAUUCGAUUGCUGGCAAUAGAAAGAGAAUUUAAAAAACAAACAAAGAGGCUCAUGAUAUGGAGGCGCAAUACACACACCGACGUCCUUUUGAUAA